AUGGAGCAAAGAGGUUGGACUCUGCAAUGCACUGCUUUCGCCUUCUUUUGCGUUUGGUGUGCACUAGACAGUGUAAAAGCGAAGAGGCAGUUUGUCAAUGAAUGGGCGGCGGAGAUUCCCGGAGGACGAGAAGCUGCCUCUGCCAUCGCGGAAGAACUGGGCUAUGACCUCUUGGGUCAGAUUGGAUCACUUGAAAAUCACUAUUUAUUCAGACACAAAAAUCAUCCUCGAAGAUCCCGAAGAAGUGCUCUUCAUAUCACUAAGAGGCUAUCUGAUGAUGAUCGUGUGAUAUGGGCUGAACAACAGUAUGAAAAAGAGAGAAGUAAACGUUCAGUUAAAAGAGACUCAGCGUUGGAUCUCUUCAAUGAUCCAAUGUGGAAUCAGCAAUGGUACUUGCAAGAUACCAGAAUGACUGCAACUCUGCCCAAGCUGGACCUUCAUGUAAUACCUGUUUGGCAAAAGGGUAUUACUGGCAAAGGAGUUGUUAUUACUGUACUGGACGAUGGCUUGGAGUGGAAUCACACAGAUAUUUAUACCAAUUAUGAUCCAGAAGCUAGCUAUGAUUUUAAUGAUAAUGAUCAUGAUCCGUUUCCCCGAUAUGAUCCCACAAAUGAAAACAAACAUGGAACAAGGUGUGCAGGAGAAAUUGCCAUGCAAGCAAAUAAUCACAAGUGUGGGGUUGGAGUUGCAUAUAAUUCCAAAGUUGGAGGCAUAAGAAUGCUGGAUGGCAUUGUAACUGAUGCCAUUGAGGCUAGUUCAAUUGGAUUCAACCCUGGCCAUGUGGAUAUUUACAGUGCAAGCUGGGGCCCUAAUGAUGAUGGGAAAACUGUGGAGGGACCUGGCAGACUAGCCCAGAAGGCAUUUGAAUAUGGUGUCAAGCAGGGGAGACAAGGGAAAGGCUCCAUCUUUGUCUGGGCUUCAGGAAAUGGGGGUCGGCAGGGAGAUAAUUGUGACUGUGAUGGCUACACAGACAGCAUUUACACCAUCUCUAUCAGCAGUGCCUCGCAGCAAGGCCUAUCACCCUGGUAUGCAGAGAAGUGUUCCUCCACACUGGCUACCUCCUACAGCAGUGGUGAUUACACAGACCAGCGAAUAACAAGUGCUGACCUGCACAAUGACUGCACAGAGACCCACACAGGCACCUCAGCUUCUGCACCCCUGGCUGCUGGCAUCUUUGCUCUAGCCUUGGAAGCAAACCCAAAUCUUACCUGGCGAGACAUGCAGCAUCUGGUUGUCUGGACCUCUGAGUAUGACCCAUUGGCCAAUAACCCAGGGUGGAAAAAGAAUGGGGCAGGCUUAAUGGUGAACAGCCGAUUUGGCUUUGGCUUGCUAAAUGCCAAAGCUCUGGUGGAUUUGGCUGAUCCUAGGACCUGGAGAAAUGUUCCUGAGAAGAAAGAAUGUGUUGUAAAAGACAAUAACUUUGAGCCUAGAGCCCUGAAAGCUAAUGGAGAAGUGAUUGUUGAAAUCCCAACGAAAGCUUGUGAAGGACAAGAAAAUGCUAUCACGUCCCUGGAACAUGUGCAAUUUGAAGCAACAAUUGAAUAUUCUCGUAGAGGAGACCUUCAUGUCACACUCACUUCUGCUGUUGGAACCAGCACUGUACUGUUGGCUGAAAGGGAAAGGGAUACAUCCCCCAAUGGCUUUAAGAAUUGGGACUUCAUGUCUGUUCACACAUGGGGAGAGAAUCCUGUAGGCACCUGGGCAUUGAAAAUUACAGAUAUGUCUGGAAGAAUGCAAAAUGAAGGAAGGAUUGUGAACUGGAAGUUGAUCUUGCAUGGGACAUCUUCUCAGCCAGAGCACAUGAAACAGCCUCGUGUGUACACGUCCUACAAUACUGUCCAGAAUGACCGGAGAGGAGUAGAAAAGUUGGUGAAUAAUGUGGAGGAGCAGCCCACACAAAAGAGCCCAAGUGGCAAUCUCCUGGUACCCAAAAGCUCCAGCAGCAGCAGUGUGGAAGGCAGAAGGGAUGAACAAGUAGAAGGAACUCCUUCAAAGGCCAUGCUAUGGCUCCUACAAAGUGCUUUUAGCAAGAAUGCACUUUCACAGCAAUCACCAAAGAAGUCUCCAAGUACAAAGCUCAACAUCCCUCAUGAGAGUUUCUAUGAAGCUUUGGAAAAGCUCAACAAGCACUCACAGCUUGAAGACUCUGAAGACAGCCUGUACAGUGACUAUGUUGAUGUAUUCUAUAACACAAAACCUUAUAAGCAUAGAGAUGACAGGCUGCUACAAGCUCUCCUGGACAUUCUGAAUGAGGAGAAUUAA